AUGGAUAUCUCUGCCUAUCAGCAUAUGAACAUCCGCAUGAGCACACGAGGCAAACGGCCGUUAAGAAAUCUUACGCCAAAUGACAAAGUACGCGCCAUUCAGCGCAUUCAUAAUGGCGAAACAAAGGCUAGUGUUUCCAGAGAUAUUGGAGUGCCGGAGUCAACGCUGCGCGGAUGGUGCAAGAACGAGCAGAAGCUUAGAUUUAUGUGCCGUCAACUGGGCACUGAUCACCUAGGCCUGUCUGGCAUGGACACGCCACCAGAAAAGCGCGCGAAAUUUGGAGGCAUUUCCAACUUUGACGAACUGAGUUUUGGGAGUCUACCUAUGCAGGCUAUAGAUUAUGCUUCACAUAAUGAGUCCAUAUUGGAGAAUUACGCCUUAGUUGAGUUCUUGAAGAAAAACGCGCUUCAAACCGAUGCUAUGCAGCAGCAUACUACCAGUAGUGAUGCGGACCCACCGUCUAUGGGCUAUGGUGCUAACAACAUGGUGCAUCAGCUAAACCUGUUGGCACUGCUCAAUACAAAGCUGCCGCACAAAUUGGAGCAAGUGUCGGUUGCCAAUCUAACGCCAAGCUCGACGGUCGAGAUCUCAGUGUCAGCGCCUGUAAAGAAAUUACAUUGCCCUCUGCUGAGUGUUAAGAACUGGGCCAAGGAUCCAGCCAAACAAGACUCCAUUGAUGUAUACACAUGCACCACUAGCAACGACAAAAAUAACAAUGAUAUCGAUGCCAUACAACAUGCCACAUCCAAUGGAGACAAUGGUCCAGUGUCUACUAUGCCGGAGUCUUCAUUUGCUUUGGGCAACGGAGCAGCAACUAUCGCAUCACCGGAUAACAAAGCACAAGGCACCGCCUUGCUGGAUUGGUGCAAAAUGUUCAGCGCGAGCUUAAAUUUUUUUGCGUUUGCGGCCGCUGCAGCUUCAAUGCAUCCUAGCGCAUCAUCAGAGCAUGUAGCGCUGCCGACUCCAGUUAAAGCCGAUGAGACACAAAGAUUUAAUAAUAUACUCCUAAACAAAUUAAGUCCCUUGGUAAACAGCGAUUCAUCGAACGGUAGUUACUAUGACAGCGAACCAGAGGACUUGUCCGUGCGAUCGUGUGCUUCAAAAGCAUCGAGUCCGUGUCCGUCUUCAUCUCCUUCAAACAGCAGAUCCCAGAGUCCCGAUAAGAACAGCACUUCAAGUGCGUCUACAAACAGCGAUGGAGAGCAAUAGUCAAUUUGAAAGAAGUAGCUCUGUACAUAUGCAACUUUUAUUUAUUUUUUAAUUACUCCAAUCGGUUGAAGCCAGGCAUUAUAUGAGGAUGUACAUGUGUAUAUCAUUUAGGUAUCUUAAAAUUGUUUUCAAGCAAUAGAGACCUAUGAAUCUUAAGUAGGUAAAACAAUUAAAAACUACUAACUAGUUUUAUGUCCCAAGCAACAAACAUUCAUGACUGUGAGGGAAAAGCCAAAUGCAAUACAAUUAAAUAAGCAUACAUAUUCCUACAUACCCUCAUA